UUUCUAGCCAGUAAAAUGGGAAUCAUAGCAACAUUCCGGUCAUGGGCAGGUAUUAUUAAUUUAUGCAAACCUGGAAACUCUGGGAUCCAGUCUCUAAUUGGAGUACUUUGUAUACCAAAUAUGGAAAUAAGGCGAGGUCUGCUUGAAGUACUCUAUGAUAUAUUUCGUCUUCCUCUACCUGUUGUGACUGAAGAAUUCAUAGAAGCACUGCUUAGUGUAGAUCCAGGCAGAUUCCAAGACAGUUGGAGGCUUUCAGAUGGCUUUGUAGCAGCCGAGGCAAAAACUAUUCUUCCUCAUCGUGCCAGAUCCAGGCCAGACCUCAUGGAUAAUUACUUGGCGCUGAUACUCUCUGCAUUUAUUCGUAAUGGACUUCUAGAGGGCUUGGUUGAAGUGAUAACAAACAGUGAUGACCAUAUCUCAGUUAGAGCUACCAUCCUCUUAGGAGAGCUUCUCCAUAUGGCAAAUACAAUUCUUCCUCAUUCACAUAGCCAUCAUUUGCACUGCCUGCCAACCCUAAUGAAUAUGGCUGCAUCUUUUGAUAUCCCCAAGGAAAAGAGACUGCGAGCCAGUGCAGCCUUGAACUGUUUAAAACGCUUCCAUGAAAUGAAGAAACGAGGACCUAAGCCUUACAGCCUCCAUUUAGAUCACAUUAUUCAGAAAGCAAUUGCAACACACCAGAAACGGGAUCAGUAUCUCCGAGUCCAGAAAGAUAUAUUUGUUCUUAAGGAUACAGAGGAAGCUCUUUUAAUGAACCUUAGAGAUAGCCAAGUCCUUCAACAUAAAGAGAAUCUUGAAUGGAAUUGGAAUCUUAUAGGGACCAUUCUUAAGUGGCCAAAUGUAAAUCUAAGAAACUAUAAAGAUGAACAGUUGCACAGAUUUGUGCGAAGACUACUUUACUUCUACAAGCCCAGCAGUAAAUUAUAUGCCAACCUGGAUCUGGAUUUUGCCAAGUCUAAGCAGCUCACAGUUGUGGGUUGUCAAUUUACAGAAUUUCUUCUUGAGUCCGAAGAGGAUGGGCAAGGAUACUUAGAAGAUCUAGUAAAGGAUAUUGUUCAGUGGCUCAAUGCCUCGUCUGGAAUGAAACCUGAACGAAGUCUUCAGAAUAAUGGUUUAUUGACUACCCUUAGUCAACACUACUUUUUAUUUAUUGGAACACUUUCUUGCCACCCUCAUGGAGUCAAAAUGCUGGAAAAAUGCAGCGUAUUUCAGUGUCUCCUUAACCUCUGUUCCUUGAAAAAUCAAGAUCACUUGCUGAAACUGACUGUUUCUAGCUUGGAUUAUAGCAGAGAUGGAUUGGCAAGAGUCAUCCUUUCCAAAAUCCUUACUGCAGCUACUGAUGCCUGUAGGCUGUAUGCAACAAAACAUUUAAGAGUAUUAUUGAGAGCUAAUGUUGAAUUCUUCAAUAACUGGGGAAUUGAAUUACUAGUGACCCAGCUACACGAUAAAAACAAAACAAUUUCUUCUGAAGCUCUUGAUAUUCUGGAUGAAGCAUGUGAAGACAAGGCCAAUCUUCAUGCUCUUAUUCAGAUGAAGCCAGCUUUAUCUCACCUUGGGGACAAGGGUUUGCUUCUCCUCCUGAGAUUUCUUUCCAUUCCAAAAGGAUUUUCCUAUCUGAAUGAAAGGGGUUAUGUAGCAAAACAGUUGGAAAAAUGGCACAAGGAAUAUAAUUCAAAAUAUGUUGACUUGAUUGAAGAACAACUUAAUGAAGCACUUACUACUUACCGAAAGCCAGUUGAUGGUGAUAACUAUGUUCGUCGAAGUAACCAAAGAUUACAGCGUCCUCAUGUCUACCUGCCUGUACACCUGUAUGGACAACUGGUACACCACAAAACAGGCUGUCAUUUGUUGGAAGUACAGAAUAUUAUUACUGAACUCUGUCAUAAUGUUCGUACACCAGAUUUGGAUAAGUGGGAAGAAAUUAAAAAACUGAAAGCAUCUCUUUGGGCCUUGGGAAAUAUUGGCUCAUCAAAUUGGGGUCUCAAUUUGCUACAGGAAGAAAAUGUGAUUCCAGAUAUACUAAAACUUGCAAAGCAGUGUGAGGUUCUUUCAGUCAGAGGGACCUGUGUAUAUGUGCUUGGCCUCAUAGCCAAAACCAAACAAGGCUGUGAUAUUCUGAAGUGUCACAACUGGGAUUCUGUAAGGCACAGUCGCAAACAUCUGUGGCCAGUGGUUCCAGAUGAUGUAGAACAACUCUGUAAUGAACUCUCAUCUAUCCCGAGCACUCUGAGUUUGAACUCUGAGUCAACCAGCUCUAGACAUAAUAGUGAAAGCGAAUCUGCACCAUCAAGUAUGUUCAUAAUGGAGGAUGACCGGUUUGGCAGCAGCUCUACUAGUACAUUUUUUCUUGACAUCAGUGAAGACACAGAGCCAGCAUUUUAUGAUCGGCCUGGACCUAUAAAGGAUAAAAAUUCCUUCCCUUUCUUUGCUUCUAGUAAACUUGUGAAGAAUCGUAUCUUAAAUUCGCUUACUUUGCCUAAUAAAAAACAUCGUAGUAGCAGUGAUCCAAAAGGAGGGAAACUGUCAUCUGAAAAUAAGACAAACAACAGGCGGAUCAGAACACUUACGGAGCCCAGUGUCGACUUUAACCAUAGUGAUGAUUUCACACCCAUGUCCACAGUACAGAAAACAUUACAAUUAGAAACUUCAUUCGUUGGGAAUAAGCACAUUGAAGACGCUGGUAGUACUCCAAGCAUUGGAGAGAAUGACUUAAAAUUCACCAAGAGUCUUGGUACAGAGAAUCACAGAGAAAACACAAGCCGAGAGAGAUUAGUUGUAGAAAGUUCAACAAGCUCACAUAUGAAGAUACGUAGCCAAAGUUUUAAUACAGACACUACAACAAGUGGAAUAAGUUCAAUGAGCUCCAGUCCUUCACGAGAGACCGUAGGUGUGGAUGCUACGACUGUGGACACAGACUGUGGAAGUAUGAGUACUGUGGUAAGUACUAGAACUGUUAAGACAAGCCACUAUCUGACGCCACAGUCUAACCAUCUAUCUCUCUCCAAAUCAAACUCAGUGUCCCUGGUGCCUCCAGGUUCUUCUCAUACGCUUCCUAGAAGAGCACAGUCCCUUAAAGCACCCUCUAUUGCUACAAUUAAAAGUCUAGCAGAUUGUAACUUUAGUUACACAAGUUCUAGAGACGCCUUUGGCUACGCUACACUGAAAAGAUUACAGCAGCAAAGAAUGCAUCCAUCCUUAUCUCACUCUGAAGCUUUGGCAUCUCCAGCAAAAGAUGUGCUGUUUACUGAUACCAUCACCAUGAAGGCCAACAGCUUUGAAUCCAGGUUAACACCAAGCAGGAUCGAUUUUAAAAAGAAGCAUGUCGGGGGAAUCAGGAGCUUAAGACCUACAAUAACAAACAACCUUUUCAGGUUCAUGAAAGCUUUAAGUUAUGCGUCAUUAGAUAAAGAAGACUUACUGAGUCCUAUUAAUCAAAAUACCCUGCAGCGAUCCUCGUCAGUGAGAUCCAUGGUGUCCAGUGCAACAUAUGGUAGUUCAGAUGACUAUAUUGGUCUUGCUCUUCCAGUAGACAUCAAUGACAUAUUCCAGGUAAAGGAUAUUCCCUAUUUUCAGACAAAAAACAUACCUCCUCAUGAUGAUCGAGGUGCCAGGGUGUUUGCCCAUGAUGCAGGAGGUCUUCCAUCUGGAACUGGAGGUCUUGUAAAAAACUCUUUUCACUUGCUACGACAACAGAUGAGUCUUACAGAAAUAAUGAAUUCGAUCCAUUCAGAUGCUUCUCUGUUUUUAGAAAGUACAGAAGACACUGGAUUACAGGAACAUACAGAUGAUAACUGCCUUUAUUGUGUCUGUAUCGAAAUUCUGGGUUUCCAGCCCAGUAACCAACUAAGCGCAAUAUGUAGUCAUUCAGACCUUCAAGACAUUCCAUAUUCUGAUUGGUGUGAGCAGACUAUCCAGAAUCCCUUAGAAGUGGUUCCUUCUAAGUUUUCAGGGAUUUCUGGAUGCAGUGAUGGAGUGUCUCAAGAAGGCUCAGCCAGCAGCACCAAAAGCACAGAAUUGUUGUUAGGUGUUAAAACAAUUCCAGAUGAUACACCAAUGUGCCGCAUACUCCUUCGCAAAGAAGUUCUGAGAUUAGUCAUUAAUUUGAGUAGUUCAGUUUCAACUAAAUGUCAUGAAACUGGGCUUUUAACAAUUAAGGAGAAGUAUCCUCAAACAUUUGAUGACAUCUGCCUUUAUUCUGAGGUUUCUCAUUUGCUCUCACACUGCACAUUUAGACUUCCGUGUCGGAGGUUCAUACAAGAAUUAUUUCAAGAUGUACAGUUCUUACAAAUGCAUGAAGAAGCAGAGGCUGUGCUGGCAGCACCACCAAAGCCACCUGCAGUGGACACAGCUGCUGAGUCCUGA